AUGCACUCACACCAUUCCCAUAGUGGAACCUAUGUCUCGCAUGCGCAAGACGAAUUGGACGAUGUAGUUGCUCGUGCGCAUGAAUUGGGAUUUUCUACAUUUUGUCUCACAGAACAUAUGCCUCGGUUGAACAGUAAAUUCAUGUAUCCAGAAGAGACUGAAAAAUCAAUGUCAAUUGAAGAUUUACAGAAAAUAUUUAGCCAGUAUUUGGAACAUGCUGCCAGACUCAAGGCUGAGUACGCAAAUCGUGGGCUCGAUAUCUUGGUGGGAUUUGAAGUUGAAGGCAUAGAUUCUGCUCAUAUUGACCACGCUUGUAACCUCUUACCGUUGGUUGAUAUGUGUGUAGGAUCUGUCCAUUUUGUCAAUGAGAUCCCAAUUGACUUCUCGCAGGACCUCUGGCUAGAAGCUCGAGAUCUGUUACCAGAAAAGACGACCAGAGCCCUAAAUUUUGAGUACUACAAGCUCCAAAGACAGGUUCUUGAAAAGGUGAAACCAACAAUUGUUGGUCAUUUUGAUCUCAUUCGUUUGUUCGAACCACAAGAAAUAGACCCUACUACGGGCAAACACUUGUCCCAGGUGUGUAUAGAGACCGACUGGCCUGAAGUGUGGGACCUAAUUGUUGGUAAUAUUGUAUUUGCGAAAAGUUAUGGAGCGCUCUUUGAGCUCAAUUCUGCUGCCUUCAGAAAAGGCUGGAACAGUCCCUACCCCAAGAAGGAUGUAUGCCGAGCUAUAAUAGAGUAUGGAGAUGCUAGGUUCUGCCUUUCGGACGAUUCCCACGCCGUUUCGCAGGUGGGACUCAACUACAAUAAGCUUCUUGAUUUCAUCAAAUUCUUGGGUCUACAAAAGAUAUACUUUCUACUGGCGCAAAACUCUUCAACAGCCAUCAAUUGUUUGCUGACUCACAACCUUGAAAAGAAUUGGAGCCCUUAUUCACAAUAA